AAAAAAAGAGAGAGAACCAAACGGAAGAAAGUUUUUUAAAAAAGAAUCCAAUUAGAAUUAAAUAAGAAAUGACGAUUCGGAAUCCGUUGAUCUGGAGAAAUCUUAUUUUCUGGUACAUCUUCAUCCUCAUGUGGAUUCCAGGACUUUUUGUUAGAUCGCAAUUUAUCACACUCAACACCAUUGAGAUAUUCACAAAGCACGACUGGUUCAAGCUCAAACACACGGUCUACUUUCAGUGCAAAGGAGAGAACAAAACUGUUCUUCCAGAUGUUACCAAAACCGGUGUCUUGUACACUUUCCGCGGUCAAGAAUCAUGGCAGCCUAUGACUGAAAUUGGUGGCGAAAAAUGUAAGCGAUGCGGAAUCUAUGAGCAAGGCAGCCUUGUCUCAGACAAAGAGUUCGAUGAAUGGGAAGUUUGUCCCUCUGAUUUCUCUGCUAGCCAAAUCUAUAUGCAUUUUAAGGAAAAGGAGAUUAAUGCUACUUUUGUCUGCCACGGUUGCACCAAGCUCGACUCCAUAUCUUCUAAAGCAACGACGGGUUCUAGUCCCCAAGAGGAAGGAAACAACGGGAUAACAGUCAUGAUAGCGAUUGUAGCAGGCAUAUUGUGUGCGACUCUGGUUGUGGUUGGAGGCGUUUUUACGUUCAAGCACUCGCAAAGGAUGAAGAAGCAGCGAGAUCAAGCUAGGUUUAUGCAGCUAUUUGAGGAAAGUGAUGAACCUGAAGAUGAACUUGGACUUGAACCUGUGAUAUGAUAUAUAGUAUUGAGCAGGUUCGUCCACAAUUUAUCUGAACAACAGAGACUUUUCGGUGUUUCAUGAGUUUUGCAGCUUAUAUUAGGGAAGAGGGUUGACAGUAGGAAAUCUUAGCUUUUGGCCAUCUGGUUUUUGGUAUUUGCUUCUUUUCCCCCACAUUUUAGAAAUCAGACAAAAUAAUCACAAAAAGUUUCAACAGAGAAAGCUAUUGUACAUAUUCUAAUCCACAAAUGCAUAGGGAACUUUAA